AUGGACAAGCAACCGGAAGCACCCAAGAAGAGCGCUUCUUGGACCAGGGUAGCCAUCUUUACAUCUCUUUACGCCUUGCUGCUGGAGUCCGUCAUCGAGUGGGCUCUGGUCCUGUAUCUGUACUGGGACCGCCAUGUCGACCAUAAGAUGGCCCCAAGUUUGAUACUGGUCUUUGUUGCGGCCUCCUUCACGGUACCACUGGUGGCUCUCCAUAGCCUGCUUGCAUGGCAAUAUAACCGAGUCCCGGGGUUUAGACGCCAGAAACAAGUUCUGCGUGUCACCUCCACCUACCUCCUGCGAUUGACCAUCAUUGUUUGGUUGGCUGCUAGUGUAGCGGGCUUGAUUGUUGUCACUCAGCAAGUCUCCUGUCUCGCAGAUACGACGGAUGGGGAGUUCUGGAAGACCGGUGUCAGUUGUGCCCUUCAUCGGGCCGCUAUUAUUGUUUCGGUUCUGUCCUUUAUGACGGUGUGCCUUUACUUCUGUUCAAGAGAGCUAUGCGAUCGUCCAUAUGAUAUGUCCCUUCUAGGGGUGUACAAGCAGACCGUGAUAACUCGCGACGACACUCUUGUCUCGCACUCCAGUUCGGAAACCGAUCAUUCUUAUAAAAACGAAAUGGGAUAUCUCUGUCGAACGCCAGACACCUACGGGAGCAGGGGCCUGUAUCCGUCGUCUAGUGACAACUCCAUCGACAAACCCCAUGUUCCAAACCUUCAACAUCCCGCCCCAAUACGUCCAACGCCGCAGCUGAACAUCGGCGGAGAUCAUCAAUCCGAACACGCUGAGAUCGUAUCAGGCUCAACGGUGUCUCCUAUAGGAACGCUUCGCGAUGGCAGUACGAGUGACAGUGUCUCUCGCACCCCAACCACGGCUACCUCACGAACGGGCGUCGAUUCCAAUGCGCAGCCACCCGUCCCCGAACUUCCAGCCGGGCUCGUCGCCGCUGGCUCCGGACAUACAAGACAUAAAUCCUCGGCUUCAAUGUCAUCUCUCCGCAAAUAUCUCCCCAAGCUGUUCGCACUGUCGCUCCCGCUGUCCUCAGAUCCUCAAAUUCGGGCUCUUGCCGACCCAAACGCCCCUCGUGAUGUCGAGAAGCAGCCGGUGAACGAGGUCCAGCACAGGCCGGCGGUCUCUGAUGAGAAGCAGCUCGCACCUCCGCCUAUCGAAGGACCCGAUCACCCGCCGAUCAUGUCGCCUACUGUCAUCAACAUGCGACCAUCGGAAUCUCGUCCUGCGCCGCGGUCCAUGACCAUGGCCUCUGCCAACGCCCCAGAGGUAGUCGAACCCCCGCCCAGUGUCCACAAGACAUGGACCACCGCGACAGUGCGGCGGACUCCCGCCGGCCCGCCGCCGGUCUACAGAGCCAUGCCACCGAACCCAUUAGCAUGGCACCCCGUCAAUCCCACCGCGCCCAUCCGCCAAGGAUCCGCCACGGAGCUCGGGAGUCCCGCGCCUCGCACCGCCCGACGUAACGCCCGACGCCAAAGCCAGGUGUAUCAUUUUGAGCCGUCCCAAGUCCCUCGGUACACCCGUAGCCACUACCACCCGCCCAACCGCUACGGCAGCUACGGUCGAUCCCCACGCCGCAUGUCUUCGUUCUCGAAUCGAAACGACAUUGAAAUCCUGUACCCCAGCACCCGACGCCCUCGCAGCACCACGUGUGGGGGCAUCAGCUCGUUGGACUCUAUCCGGGAGUCCGGGGCGUCGGUGGAUGAGUCGCCCGGGAGUGAUCUUGCCGAUGAGAAUACGUACCGAGGGACUACGCGGACCAGCGUGCAUGGGUACUAG